GUCGCAGAAUCUAGCGGAAGCCGCAAUCUCACCCAAAAUGGCAGGAGCUGAUGGAGACGAUUCACUCUACCCUAUCGCCGUGCUCAUUGACGAGCUGCGGAACGAAGAUGUUCAGCUCCGAUUGAAUAGCAUCAAGAAGCUGUCCACUAUUGCCUUGGCUCUGGGCGUGGAGCGGACACGCACGGAGCUCCUCCCCUUUUUGACUGACACCAUCUAUGAUGAAGAUGAAGUGCUUCUUGCCCUGGCAGAACAGCUGGGGAACUUCACCGUGCUGGUCGGAGGGCCAGAAUAUGUCCACUGUCUGCUGCCCCCCCUGGAGAGCCUGGCCACAGUGGAAGAGACAGUGGUGCGGGACAAGGCGGUGGAGUCCCUGCGGAAGAUCUCCCAUGAGCACUCGCCUGUGGACCUGGAGGUGCACUUUGAACCCUUGGUGAAGAGGCUGGCCAGUGGGGACUGGUUCACCUCCCGAACCUCGGCCUGUGGCCUCUUCAGCGUCUGCUACCCCCGCGUCUCCAGCACUGUCAAGGCUGAGAUCCGCCAGCAUUUCCGCACCCUGUGUUCAGAUGACACCCCCAUGGUGCGCCGUGCUGCUGCCUCCAAGCUCGGCGAGUUCGCCAAGGUCCUUGAGUUGGAGUAUGUCAAGAGCGACAUCAUCUCCCUUUUCACAGCGCUGGCCUCUGACGAGCAGGACUCGGUACGUCUGUUGGCCGUAGAGGCAUGUGUCAGCAUCGCCCAGCUGCUGCCCCAGGAGGACCUGGACACACUGGUGAUGCCCACCCUGCGCCAGGCGGCCGAGGACAAGUCCUGGAGGGUCCGCUACAUGGUGGCUGACAAGUUCUCAGAGCUCCAGAAGGCUGUGGGCCCAGAGAUCACCAAGAACGACCUGGUUCCAGCCUUCCAGAACCUCUUGAAAGACUGCGAGGCAGAGGUCCGGGCUGCUGCCGCUAACAAGGUCAAAGAGUUCUGUGAGAAUUUACCGGAGGACAGCAGGGAAACCAUCAUCAUGACCCACAUUCUGCCCUGCGUCAAGGAAUUGGUGUCAGACACAAACCAGCACGUGAAGUCUGCCCUGGCCUCUGUCAUCAUGGGCCUCUCUACCAUCCUUGGGAAGGACAACACCAUCGAACACCUGCUGCCGCUCUUCCUGGCCCAGCUGAAGGACGAGUGCCCAGAGGUGCGCCUCAAUAUCAUCUCCAACUUGGACUGCGUGAACGAGGUGAUCGGGAUCCGCCAGCUGUCUCAGUCCCUGCUGCCUGCCAUCGUGGAGCUGGCUGAGGAUGCCAAGUGGAGGGUCAGGCUGGCCAUCAUCGAGUACAUGCCCCUGCUGGCAGGACAGCUGGGUGUCGAGUUCUUCGACGAGAAACUGAACUCUCUCUGCAUGGCCUGGCUGGUUGACCAUGUGUAUGCCAUCCGGGAGGCAGCCACCUGUAACUUGAUGAAGCUGGUGGAGAAGUUUGGUGCAGAGUGGGCCCAGAACACAAUCGUCCCCAAAGUUUUGGGGAUGGCCAACGACCCAAACUACCUACACAGAAUGACCACGCUCUUCUGCAUCAAUUCACUGUCUGAAGCUUGUGGCCAGGAGAUCACCACCAAGCAGAUGCUCCCUGUUGUCCUCAAGAUGUCAAACGACCAGGUGGCCAACGUGCGCUUCAAUGUGGCCAAGUCCCUGCAGAAGAUUGGCCCAGUCCUGGACAGCAAUGCCCUGCAGACAGAAGUGAAGCCUGUACUGGAGAAACUGGCCACAGAUCAGGACAUGGAUGUGAUGUACUUCGCCCAGGAAGCCAUCAGUGUCCUUGGCCUGGCUUAAACAAGCAUGUCUGCUGAGCAUAUGAGACAACCCCCAAGAUUCACCACACCUGUAUUUAUUGAUAUCCAGGAUCAAUUUGACUGCUUGCAGAUUAUUGAACUGUGAAGCAUUCCCUUUUUGUUUUCAAUGGCUGUAUAUGUUUAGGGGAUGCACUGCUGUGGCUGUGCUUGCUGUAAAUGUCGUUGCAUUUGGUAGGAAAUUAGCCUGAUCAACAUAACGUUGACUACUGUGUAUACCUACCUACAGGCACACACAUACUCAUACACACACUUGUGGCAGCAGAAAAAAGCUUCAUGCAAUUCAAUAAUUGGUGGAACUGCCACGUGUCGAUCAGACAUGUAUGAACCAAUCAACUGAUACCCCCCCAUAGCAAAACACUAUGAUUGGCUGCAAGCAGAAUCAUUGACAGCACCUCAUACUUCCAUCUGUUGAGGGGGUCCAUGAAGCCUUACUCUGCCAUCAGACACACAUACUUCCCUGUCUUUCUAUAACCUAACUGCUAUACUUUGACAUGGAGGUACGUAUGGUUAAAGAAGCAUAACGUCUCUGGCCUUCUGCCAGUUGCGUUUUGGCUUUUUGUUCAGUUAUAUCUGUUUCAGUGCCUGUGACAAGGCAGCUCUCCCACUUCGAUUUGUCUCCCAGAGCCUGGUGCUUGUCAUUACAGCAGACGCCACAGCUUCUUCCUGCUUGACGGCGAGUAACUGCAGGCAUGCAGCAAGCUCUGGUGUGUUCCUAAACCUUCGGCAGUGCCCCAUCCCUUCCAGCGCACCCCUAGCGGGGCAGUGCUCCACCUCGCACCCUGGGUGUGACGGGUGCCUCAUCGGCCCAGCCUCCCACGCAUGCAGAGGGGCUGUACGUGAGGGGCUGUCACGCACCAUAGGUGUGUAUCGGGGAGGAGGCCUUCUGUGUAUCCAUGAGGUCCUGGGCCUGCCCUUUUAAAACUGCUCCUCCAGGCAGGGUGCAAAGAGACCAGUGUGCUGUCAAGUGUCCCUGUGAUAAUCUCUGAACUUAAGUAUGUUAGGUUUGGGGGCCCUAAUGAGAUCUGUGCUGUGGGUGGCAUUAGAUUCCAUAACACCCCCCCCUCCACUGCAACCAAGAGAAGAUACACAAUGGGCAUCGCAGAGUGUCCCAGGGCCACUGGGUAAUGCUAAGUGGCUAGGUGCAGUGGCAGGGUACAUACAUUAAUGCCUACUUCAUGAAUUACGAUAAAAACUAAUUUGCUUGCCUCCCCUGUCUUGCCCUGUUUAUGACCUUUUACAUAUGUUAAACCUUUAUUGUUCUGUGUCAUUAGAAUGUACUUCGGUUUUGUAGUAAAUAACCCCUCAACACCCUUAAAAUGGGGCACUGUACUGUACGUGGUGGGGAACGCUAAUAAAGUAAUAUUGCACAGUG